AGAAGACUUGAUACGCUUAAAUUCCAGUUAGUUUGUGACUCUCUGUUAACCGGUCCUUUUCAAUUUUUUUAUUUGAAUAAUAAUCAAGGCUAAUAGUAUUUUUUUAAAUUAUGAAUUUCGUACUUUGUUGCUAUAUUAUUAUUCAUCUGGUGGUACAUUCAAAGCAAAAAGAAAUUACAAAAAAUGAUACAAUUGGAAUUGAUAGUUUAAAUAUCGAAUCAACAGAUAAAUAUUUGUAUGAAGCUGAAGAAUAUGGAAUUAAAGAGAUGAACAAAUUUUAUAAUGUUGAAGAACCAAAAUUAUUUUCAAAUGGUUUAUUUUUAACUGAUGAACAUCCAGCAAAAUACGUUGCAGCAUUUAAUCGUCAAUCAGAUGAGGCAAAAAAUUUAUCAAAAUUAGCAUAUGCAGUAUUAAAAAGUUCAAAAAAAUUAGUUGAAAUAUUUGGUAAUUCAUCAAAUGCAUUUCUUAAAAAUGUUAAUCGUAAAUCAACAUUUGGUCUUCGUGAACGUUGUCAAAGACAUACCUUUCCUUCAUGUUCAUCAGCAAAUAUAAAAUAUCGUACUUUUGAUGGUAGCUGCAAUAAUUUUCAGCAUCCAUGGUGGGGCUCAGCAAUGUCCACAAUGCAAAGAUUUAUUGCUCCAGUUUAUGAUGAUGGAAUUGAAACAAUUAGAAGAUCAACAAGUGGAAAAGCUCUUCCAAGUCCUCGUGAUGUUUCUAGAGCAAUUCAUGUUGAUAAAAAUAUUCCAUCGAAAACAGUGACACACUUGUUGAUGCAAUGGGGACAAUUUAUUGAUCAUGAUAUAACUGCUACUGCACAAAGUCGAGGUUUUAAUGGUACAUUUCCACAGUGUUGUACAAAUCGUGGAAGUGAAUUUCAACCACCACAUUUAACGCAUCCAGAUUGUUUGCCAAUUAUUGUUGAUUCAAAAGAUGAUUUUUUUGGUAAAUUGGGUGUACGUUGUUUGGAAUUUGUACGUAGUGGUCCAGCACCAAAAGAAGAUUGUGCAUUUGGAUCAAGAGAACAACUUUCACAAGUUUCAAGUUAUAUUGAUGGAUCAAUGAUUUACAGUAGUAAUACUGCUCACAGUAAUAGUUUAAGAACUUUUAGAAAUGGAUUAUUACAGUAUGGACAACCAGCUGGUGGACCUGAUGAUUUAUGUAGAAGAGGAUCAUUAGCAACAAAUUGUUUUAGAGCUGGUGAUGCUCGUUUAACUGAACAACCAGCAUUAACAUCACUUCAUGUUGUUUUUCUAAGACUUCAUAAUAAAAUAGCAACAGAAUUAUCAGCUGUUAAUUCACAUUGGGAUGAUGAAAAAUUAUUUCAAGAGAGUAGAAAAAUUAUUGGUGCAAUAAUACAACAUAUUACCUAUCAAGAAUAUUUACCACUUGUUGUUGGUCCUGAUGUUACGGAUACUUUUGGAGUUAAAUUAUCAAAAAAUUAUUCAAAAGGAUAUGAUCCUGCAGUUGAUGCAACUGUUGCUAAUUCAUUUUCAUCAGCUGCAUAUAGAUUUGGGCAUUCACUUGUUCAAUCAAAAUUUGAUAGAUAUGACAAACAUCAUAAUUUAAUAAGCAACAAUGUUACAAUUCAUGGAGAAUUUGGAAAUAAAGUUGAUUUACAAAGUGCUGGAUCAGUUGAUAGAUUACUUCUUGGUAUGGUUAAUCAACCAUCACAACAUCGUGAUGAAUUUAUAACAAAAGAAUUGACAAAUCAUUUAUUUCAAUUUCCUGGUUUUCCAUUUGGUAUGGAUUUAGCAGCAAUUAAUAUACAACGUGGUAGAGAUCAUGGUCUUGCACCAUAUGUUGCAUGGCGUAAAAUUUGUAAUUUAACAGACAUUAAAACAUGGAAUGACAUGAAAAAUAGAAUACCAACUAAAACAAUACAAAAAUUAAGAAAACUUUAUGAAAAUGUUGAGGAUGUUGAUUUAUUUACAGCUGGUAUUUCUGAAAAACCACUUCUAAAUGGACUUGUUGGACCAACAUUUGCUUGUAUUAUUGCUCAACAAUUUAGUAAUCUUAAAAAAGGUGAUCGUUUUUGGUAUGAAAAUACAGAUAAUCAUCAACAAUUUACUAUGAAACAAUUAUUACAAAUAAAACGUAUAACAUUAUCAAAAAUAUUAUGUAAUACACUUAAUAAUAUUGAAACAAUUCAAUCAUCUGUAUUAUUAAAAGUUGAUAAAGACAAAAAUCCACGUGUAUCAUGUAAUGAAGUGGAUGAAUUAAAUUUUAAUGAUUGGGCUGAAAGACAGCCAAAAUCAGUUAAUUCAACUCGUACAUUUCCUUGGCGUAAACCAGUUAAAACAAAUGUUAAUCAAAAAAAUAGAAUUGUCGUUAAAAGACCACAUGGAACAAAUGAAAAUGUAACAAUUGUUGUACAAAAUCAUGCUAUAAGUUCACCAGUAUUUAUAACUGAUUCAGUUUAUACUUCAAAUGUUAAAACUGUACCACAACAAACAUCUGAUUCAUCAAUUGAUUAUGGAUCAUUUGAAGAUAAUGAUUCAACUAGUGAAAAACCAUUAACAAAUCCUACAGCAUCAUCAUCGUCAUCAUCAACAACAACAACGACAACAACAACUGUUCAACCAGCACGAUUUAAUGAUUGGAUUGCAAAUUCUAGAAAUCCAGCACAAUCUGUAUGGCCAAAUUUAUAUGGUCCAAUCAUAUCAAAUCCACCAGUUGUCUCAACAUUUAUCAAUGGACAAGAUUCUUCCAGAUCACAUUACAUAGAAAAAAAUGUAUCAAAGCCUCUUUCUACAAAUAAUAAAUUUAUAUCUGUUAAAGUUGUUGAAGAAAAACAACAAGAAAUCAAAAAUUAUAAUGAAAAUAUACCUGUUAUUCAAGAUGACAUGAAAAAAUUUAUGACACAUGAUGAUUCAAGCACUGAUGAACUUCCAAAACCCAUUUUAAAACACAAAUUAUAAAAUUACAUAUUUUAAAUUAUUAAUUUUAUUAUUCUAUAUAGAAUAAUAAAUAUUUGUAAC